CUAAUGGCGGAGCCCGCGAAACUGACGGGAGAGGGUAUUGGGGAGAAUGCGGCAGAAGAGGAGCCACGGGUUCUGGAACCCGGGGCCGCUCCGUUCGGAAAUUUCCCUCAUUAUUCCCGCUUUCACCCUCCAGAGCAACGGCUUCGCCUCCUGCCCCCGGAGCUGCUUCGAAGGCUCUUCCCUCCCGAGCGUUCCGAGGCAAGGCCGAUCCUGGGGCUCGACGUGGGGUGUAACUCCGGGGAUCUGAGUGUGGCUCUAUACAAACACUUCCUUUCCUUACAUGAUGGGGAGAACUGCUCAGAUGCCUCCAGAGAACUCCGUCUCCUAUGCUGUGACAUAGAUCCAGUCCUGGUGGAGCGAGCUAAAAAAGAAUGUCCUUUUCCUGAUGGCUUGAAUUUUAUCACCCUGGACUUCAUGAAUCAAAGGACCCGGAAGGUUCUCUUGAGCUCCUUCUUAAGUCAAUUUGGACGUUCAGUUUUUGACAUUGGCUUCUGUAUGUCAAUAACCAUGUGGAUUCAUCUGAACCAUGGGGACCAUGGCCUGUGGGAGUUCCUGGCCCAUCUUUCCUCCCUCUGCCGCUACCUUCUUGUGGAGCCACAGCCUUGGAAGUGUUACCGAGCAGCUGCAAGGCGUCUCCGAAAGCUGGGACUCCACGAUUUUGAUCACUUCCAUUCCCUUGCCAUCCGAGGUGAUAUGGCCAAUCAGAUUGUGCAGAUCUUGACCCAGGACCAUGGCAUGGAAUUAGUAUGCUGCUUUGGCAACACCAGUUGGGACCGAAGUCUUCUACUCUUCAGGGCAUCUGAUCCCUGAAUCACUGAUAGAAGAGAAAGAAAGGAACAGAUUAAGAUUCUGGAGGCAGUAAGAUGGGAAGGCAGAAAAAGAUACUGAAAAGACUUUUAACUUGAGAAUUAUGUUCACUGUCCUGGAACAGUGAGGCAGCCUGAAAACCUAGCAGAAGCUUUUGGCAAAAUGUCCAAAGCAUGCAACUGAAAGAAUGUCUGUUCCCCAUUAUUUGGGACAAUCCCUGAGGAGAAUGAAUUCAAAGAUCAGUGAGCAAGGGUAUUUAGAUGAAGAAUAUGAUCCUUAGUUGUAGGAUGUGGAAUAGACUAUUCCUAGGUUUCUGUUUGUGGUACUGGUGAUCAAAACCAGGGCCUGUGCAUGGUAGACAAAUGCUCUUAGCACUGAUCCAUAUCCCCAACUCUUAAAGGUCAUUAAAAAUUAGACCAGGCUUMGUUGGRUGCAGUGGCACAUGCCUGUAAUCCCAGUGGCUCAGGAGUCUGAGGCAGGAGGAUCACGACUUCAAA